CUUUUCUACAGCUUCACUCUCCGAAAACCCAAUUACAAUUUCAUACAAAAAUCACCGUCUUUCUCUUCUCCCAAACCUAAUUUUACCUUUCCGGUAUGCGAUUCACGGUUUCCUUCACUUGCUGUCACAAACUCUCCAUUUUCUCUUUCUAAUCCUUGUCUUUUUCCCCCUUUUUCUUUCAACUCUUGGGGAUCUGAUUGUGAUUCUUGAUUCUUAUCCCAUGCUAAUACAGCUUGCAUCACAGAUUCAUGCUUUCUUUUCUUAAAUAUUCAAUUUUACUUCUCUUCUUCUUCAAAUCUUUCGUCUUUCCAUCUUUGAUUGACCUUUUAGGAUUCCGAUCCAAUUCAACCCAUGAUUCUUGGUUUCUAACUAAUCAAAUUCCGUGUUCAAAGUUGACGACACAGAUUUUGGUUAGCAUUGUCGAGUGAAACUUCUUGUUCGUGGUUUCAAAUUGUUCGCUUGGUGACUCAAGUGAUCAAUCUCAACUGAACAAGUUCCAUACGUGAUAGCUUGUCAGAAAUCGCCAUCUGCACAGGUUUGAUAAACAAAAUAAGACGGGAUUCCUUCAAAUUGUGUUUUGUCAAUUAGAGUUGGUGGCUUGCCCCCAGUAACUGGAUUAGGUUUUCUUCAUCCCCAACCUUGUAUUCAAAUCAGAUGUGGUCUGUAGACAGAUGAGUAUUUCGCAAUGACUGAGAUAAAGAGGAUUGCUUGUCCAUGGAUGCAUCGGACAACCCGUUAUCUGAUCUGGUAGGGGCAUUGAAAUCAUGGGUCCCUCGGCGGUCCGAGCCAGCUAAUGUGUCGAGGGACUUUUGGAUGCCCGAUCAGAGUUGCAGGGUGUGCUACGAGUGUGAUUCCCAGUUUACCUUAUUCAAUCGAAGACAUCACUGCAGAUUUUGUGGCCGUGUUUUCUGUGCCAAGUGCACUCACAAUUGGGUUCCUGCAUAUUCUACUGAUUCAAAUAUCAUCAGGGAAGAGUCGGGGAAGAUCAGGGUCUGUAGUUACUGCUUCCAGCAAUGGCAGCACGGUUGCUUGGCUACCUCUGUUGAUCAUGAGAUCCAGGUCACCAGCCUGGAUCUCAGCACUUCACCAUCCGCUGCCAGUUACAUCAGCACCAAAUCCAGUGGCACUGCUGACAGUAGCUGCAUAACCUUUACAUCUGUGCCAAAUUCAGUCAGCUCUUAUCAACAGAAUCCUAAUCAUUCUGGACUUGGUCCUUGUCAAUCUUCAGUGAUGGAAUCAAAUCUAGAAGAGCAAAAUGCAGUAGCAACAAUGAACGAGGAAGUCCUACUAGACGGGGUCACUCAUUCUCCUAGCCAAGUUGGGUUUUGCAUGAACAGGGGUGAUGACUUCAACGGCGAAUUUGCUUAUUCAAGCCAUCUUUCACAUGAUAAUGCGUAUUAUGAUGAACUACAACUGGAUGAUGUUGGCAAUGACUAUGGGUCUCGUAAAGUGCAUCCAGAUGGAGAAGCUGCUGAUGUCAAAAGUGCAAGCAGCUCUUCAUUACAAAACAGUUUCGAUUCGAGGUGCUCUGAGGGAGUCCAACAACUUGAGGAAAAAGAAGAUGAACAUGAUGUUAGUGAUGAAUGUGAAGCAUCUUCGUCUUUAUAUGCUGCACAAGACAUUGAUGCUGAACCUGUGGAUUUUGAGAACAAUGGUAUCCUAUGGCUGCCUCCUGAACCCGAAGAUGAAGAAGAUGAGAGGGAAGCUCUUCUAUUUGAUGAUGACGAUGAUGAUGGGGAUGCUGUCGGAGAGUGGGGAUAUAUGCGCACUUCAGGCAAUAUGGGAAGUGGGGAGUUUCGCAACAGGGAUAGGUCAAAUGAGGAGCACAAGAAAGCCAUGAAGAAUGUAGUUGAUGGACACUUCAGGGCUCUAGUAUCUCAGUUGUUGCAGGUUGAGAGCCUCUCUGUGGGUGAGGAAGAUGAUAAAGAUAAUUGGUUAGAAAUAAUUACAUCCCUGUCAUGGGAGGCUGCAUCAUUGCUAAAACCAGACACAAGCAAAGGUGGUGGGAUGGACCCAGGAGGUUAUGUGAAGAUUAAAUGUUUAGCUUCUGGACGUCGUACUGACAGUAUGGUGGUCAAAGGAGUUGUUUGUAAGAAAAAUGUGGCUCAUCGACGGAUGACAUCAAGAAUAGAGAAGCCUCGAUUCUUAAUUCUUGGAGGGGCUCUUGAGUAUCAGCGGAUUUCUAACCUCCUAUCAAGUUUUGAUACUUUAUUGCAACAGGAAAUGGAUCAUUUGAAGAUGGCUGUAGCAAAGAUAGACGCACACCAGCCUGAUGUCCUUCUGGUAGAGAAAUCAGUUUCACGGUAUGCGCAGGAAUAUCUUCUUGCGAAAGACAUAUCCCUUGUAUUGAACAUCAAAAGGCCACUUUUGGAGCGAAUAGCCCGCUGCACUGGUGCUCAGAUAGUUCCUUCAAUUGAUCAUCUUUCAUCUCAGAAAUUGGGGUACUGUGAUAUGUUCCAUGUUGAAAGGUUUCUAGAAGAGCAUGGAACUGCAGGCCAUGGUGGAAAGAAAUUGGUGAAGACAUUGAUGUAUUUUGAAGGGUGUCCAAAGCCUUUUGGUUGCACUAUAUUACUCAGAGGUGCCGGUGGCGACGAACUGAAGAAAGUGAAGCAUGUUGUUCAAUAUGGAGUUUUUGCCGCUUAUCACUUGGCCUUGGAGACCUCUUUUCUUGCUGAUGAAGGGGCCUCACUGCCAGAACUUCCCUUAAAUUCUCCACUGACAGUGGCACUUCCUGACAAGGCAUCAAGCAUUGACAGGUCCAUUUCAACAAUACCUGGUUUUACUGUCCCUCCAAUCGAGAGGUCCCAGGGGCCUGAGAAAUACGUUGAAGCACAAAUGUCAAACAGUGUCCCCAUGUCAGAUGUGUUUUCUUCUAUUAUGAACCAGAAGUCGGAAGCGAUGCGGUUACCAGCUGGAUCUAACACUCGUAACUAUCAAAACAUACAACCCACUUUCAAAGUUGACAGCUCUGCCACAUCUAUGCUCUCAAACUUGGAUGUUUCAGAUGCCACUGGCGGUGAGCUUGCUCCUUCUAAUGCACCUUGGGAGAUGGGUACAAUAGGAACAAAGAAUACCUCUGAAGCAAUAACUUCUGCAUCCAACAAUGGGAAAGUUGUUGGGGCUGAUGCCACUGCUAAUGGCUUUGAGCAACCUCAGGCACAAAAUUUGCUUCGAGGUUCACAAAUUAGUGAUGGCACCGAAAAUGUUGACCAAGGUACUUCAGAUGGAUUAUAUCUGCAGUUGGAUGGGAAGAACGGUAAGGAGGAAUCUGCUUCUUCAAAGGAAGAGUUUCCUCCGACACCAUCAGAUCAUCAGAGCAUUUUGGUAUCCUUGUCAUCCCGGUGUGUGUGGAAAGGGACUGUUUGUGAAAGGUCCCAUCUCUUUCGCAUAAAAUACUAUGGGAACUUUGAUAAACCAUUGGGACGCUUUCUUCGAGAUAAUUUGUUUGAUCAAGGUUAUAGAUGCACUUCAUGUGAAAUGCCUUCAGAAGCACAUGUACAGUGUUACACCCAUAGGCAAGGCACCCUCACCAUAUCUGUGAAGAAGUUGCCGGAGUUUCUUUUGCCAGGAGAGAAAGAAGGUAAGAUUUGGAUGUGGCACAGGUGCUUGAGAUGUCCACGGAUUAAUGGUUUCCCUCCUGCAACCCGAAGAAUUGUGAUGUCAGAUGCUGCCUGGGGUUUAUCGUUUGGAAAGUUUUUGGAGCUUAGUUUUUCUAACCAUGCUGCUGCCAGCAGGGUUGCAAGCUGUGGCCAUUCUCUGCAUCGAGACUGUCUUCGUUUUUAUGGCUUUGGCAAAAUGGUUGCCUGCUUCCGCUAUGCAUCAAUCAAUGUCCACUCCGUCUACCUUCCUCCUCCCAAACUUGUUUUCAAAUAUGAGACUCAGGAGUGGAUACAAAAUGAAGUGAAUGAGGUUGUUAGCCGGGCUGAGCUAUUAUUUUCAGAAGUUCUUAAUGCCCUGAGCCAGAUGGCAGAAAAUAAUUUUGGGAAGAGUUCAGUUAAUAGUACCACCAAAAUGCCACCAUCAAGACGUCAAAUAGCAGAUUUGGAAGAGAUGCUACAGAAGGAGAAAGCAGAAUUCGAGGAGUCACUUCAAAAGAUUUUAAAUCAGGAGGCGAAAAAAGGCCAACCCGUUGUUGAUAUUUUUGAGAUCAACCGAUUGCGAAGACAGCUACUCUUCCAAUCUUAUGUUUGGGACCAUCGACUGGUGUAUGCAGCUAGUAUCAAUAUCAACAGUCCUCGAGGUGAUCUGAAUGACUUGAAAUCCGAAAAUGUGGGUAAACUAAAUGAGACACUUGUUGAAGUGAAAUCACCUGUUUAUUCAUGCAAAGAUUCAGAUGUUAGUUACACUCUUGAUAUGAAGCGAAUACACAGCCAAGAAACUGGAACAGGUAUCAUCCAGCCGGAAGUGAUUGAUAAAGAGACCAAGGUUUCAGUAGAUUCAAGUCCUAAAAAAGAAAAUCGGUCUAGCCUUGGUGAUGGUAAAAAUGACUCUGACAAUUCUGAUCCACUAAUAUGUGAUAUAGGUAUCCAUAAGGCAUUUUCUGAAGGCCAGCUCCCUGUUAUGCCAAGUUUGUCAGACACCCUAGAAGCUGCCUGGACUGGUAAUCACCCAGGAUCUGGAGUACAAAAGGAUACUCUAUCUGUAUUGUCUGAUUCAGAUGUGACAGAUUCUUCAGUGAUGGAUAAGCUGGAUAAGGGAGAUCAUGGGGAAGAACAAGGCUGGACGAAGUCAUCACUUCCAUCUCCUGCAUUGUCUACAAGAGGUUCUGAAAGUAUAGAUGAUUCAAUUAGCUGGUUGAGCAUGCCAUUUUUAAACUUCUACCGCUCAUUGAAUAGAAACCUUUUAGCGAGUUCUCAGAAACUUGACACGCUUAAUGAUUAUAAUCCUGUCUACAUCUUGUCUUAUCGGGAAUCAGAACUCCAGGGUGGUGCUAGGCUGCUUCUAGCCGUGGGCAUCAAUGACACGGUUAUUCCGGUGUAUGACGAUGAGCCCACAAGUAUCAUAUCCUAUGCAUUGCUUUCCCCUGAUUACAUUUCCCAGAUGUCUGGUGAGUUUGAGAAACGAAAAGAUGGGGAAUCUAUCUUUUCAUCCCACUCUGCUGAUUCAGUGAUGUUCCAGUCAUUCAGCAAUUUUGAUGAAAUAGGACUGGAAUCUUUUAAAAGCGUUGGGGAUGAGAGUAUAUUAUCCAUGUCAGGAUCUCGUAGUUCCCUGGUUUUAGACCCUUUGUUAUACACAAAGGCUUUACAUGCGAGAGUUGAAUUUGCAGAUGAUGGUCCUCUUGGUAAAGUAAAAUACACUGUGAUCUCUUACUAUGCAAAGCGUUUUGAAGCAUUAAGGAGGAUGUGUUGCCCUUCUGAAUUGGAUUUUGUAAGGUCUCUUAGUCGCUGUAAAAAGUGGGGUGCCCAAGGUGGUAAGAGCAAUGUUUUCUUUGCAAAAACCUUAGAUGACCGGUUCAUAAUCAAGCAGGUUACAAAAACCGAGUUGGAGUCGUUUAUCAAAUUUGCUCCUGCAUACUUCAAGUAUCUAUCUGAAUCAAUUGCCUCUGGAAGCCCUACAUGCCUGGCAAAGAUUUUGGGCAUUUAUCAGGUCACUAAGCAAAUGAAAGGGGGGAAAGAAUCCAAAAUGGAUGUGCUGGUUAUGGAGAAUCUUCUCUUUGGAAGGAAUUUGACGCGGCUUUAUGAUCUUAAAGGAUCUUCUAGGUCACGGUAUAAUCCAGAUUCCAGCGGGAGUAACAAGGUUCUACUGGAUCAGAAUUUGAUUGAAGCGAUGCCAACGUCUCCGAUAUUUGUUGGAAACAAAGCAAAGAGAUUGUUAGAGAGAGCUGUCUGGAAUGAUACUGCUUUUCUUGCUUCAAUCGAUGUGAUGGAUUAUUCUUUGCUGGUUGGGGUAGAUGAAGAAAAGCAUGAACUCGUUCUUGGGAUCAUCGAUUUCAUGAGACAGUAUACUUGGGACAAGCACCUAGAGACAUGGGUGAAGGCUUCUGGCAUCCUUGGGGGGCCGAAAAAUGCAUCUCCAACAGUGAUUUCACCCAAGCAGUACAAGAAGAGAUUCAGGAAAGCCAUGACCACCUAUUUUCUUAUGGUCCCAGAUCAAUGGUCGCCCCCUGCUGUUGUACCAAGCAGGGAUCCUUGUGAAGACAACGCCCAAGACUGAUGGUUUGCAUUUGUAGUAGUCGUCGUAAUAGUAUAUUUUGAUGAUUGCAUUUUCAGAUAUAGUGUUUUAAAGUUCAUUUUUGAGCAGUAAAAACAUGAGAGAGAGAGAGAGGGGGGGGGGGGAUUGGUUUGUUAUUUGUUGAAAGAAAAAGGCUGUUAGCCAUGAAAAUUGUUGUGGGGGGUAUUAUCAGCAAGUUUUUGUACAUGAGUGUUUCUCCUACUGCAUAUCAUAGUACCCUUAAAAAUUCCAAUUCAAUAUAUAUAAGCAUUUCCUGUCCU